ACCUACAACACUGCCACCAAAUUAAAAUGUGACAAUUUAAAACGCACUGAAAAAUGUUCGACGUCCUAAACAUGUCCAGGAAUGAGACGGUCCUAAACUACCGUGAGAGUUUAUUGCGUAAAUCAGACGUGGACCUGUUACGCGGUCCAUAUUGGCUUAACGACUCCAUAAUAUCCUUUUAUUUUGAGUAUUUGGAAAACGAAGUAUUCGACAACCAUCCCAAUCUACUGUUCGUAUCACCAGAAGUCACGCAGUGCAUUAAAAUGGGACCCAAGAAUGAUAUCGGCAUAUUUUUGAAUCCAUUAAUGAGCGAAGGCAACCGAAAAUUUGUGUUCUUUGCGUUGAAUGAUCACACUGAAAGUGAUUCUUCUGGAGGUUCGCAUUGGAGCCUUCUAGUAUUUUCCAGUCCAGAAAAUGCAUUUUUCCACUUUGACUCAUCGAGUGGAAGUAAUCAUAGGGAGGCAAAUGAACUGUCACAAAAACUGAGCCACUACUUUCACUUACCAAUGUUAAAAUAUGAUGAAGGCAUAUGUUUACAACAAGGAAACAGUUAUGACUGUGGUGUGCAUUUAAUUUGUAACGCGGAAGUGUUAGCACAGUAUGCAAUAAGGAAUAAAAGAAUUAGUGGCAGUCCUAAAAUCAAUCCUGAUAUUGUGGCUACAAAGAGGCUGGAAAUUUUGGAUAUAAUUGAGAAUUUGAGGGAGAGGUGAUUUUUAAUGGAAAGAAAAAAUUGGGAAUAACUGUGAUUAAGAGCCAGCUUUAGCAAUUAUAAUAAAAUUAUAUUUAUUAUAUGUAUUUAUAAAAUAAUGUUGUGCAAAAUUGUGAAUUAAAUCAGUGUUGAGAA